AAGUCGAUCCCUUCUCUCUCAUUCGCAGUUCCAACUCACGAUACCCUCCGUCUGGACCUCUACAAGCCGUAAAAAAAAUAUAAUUCCCUUUUCUACUCCAGCUUCGUGUCCCGCCGAAGUGGGUAGUCACCUCAAAUCUGUUCACAAGCUGGCCGGUGCGUUAUAGCUUAUCGAACCACGAAGAUCGUCAGAUCAUAAAAUCGAUCUUGAUCUUCAUAAAAGAUCCGCUCCGGCAGCUGUCUGUGAGAAAUAUCCCUUAGCUUACUUUUACGGCUCUUUCUCGAUUAAGCAUCGGCAGCUAGAUCUGUGAUACUCGAACUGCAGAACUGCAGAACUGCAUGUCGCAAGUUUGAGUGAGACAGCUUCAUAUAUAUACAUACAAUUUAUAUAUUAGCAUAUUGUUUAUUGUUAUUUAUAUACCCGAGACGUCUAUUUUUUUACCAUGGGUUUCUUUGACUGGGAGGACGAGGACGCCGAGUCCGUCGUCUCGACCUCGACACGAAAAUCUCACACCGGCCAUUCCUCCCGUCCGCACCGUAGCAAGCGCCACUCAGGUGUGGGAUCUAUCUUCGGUGGCAGCAGUAGCCAUCACAGCAGCCACCACGACAAGCACAACAGCUCGCGGAGCUCCUUCUUCAACCUCGGGAAUGGCAGCAGCCGAAGUUUCUUCAGCCUUGGUGGCCGCUCCAAUUCGUACUACAAACGCCAGCCGCGCUCAUCUUUCGUCCAGCGGACAGUGAAGAAGCUGCGCCGGCUCUUACGCGACCUAAUAUACUAUGCGAAACGCCACCCCAUCAAGGUGUUCAUGCUGGUGAUCAUGCCUCUGAUCACCGGGGGUGCUCUGACUGCUCUCCUAGCCCGCUUCGGCCUCCGCCUACCUCCGACCAUUGAGCGUAUGCUGGGCGUUGCGGCCCGCGCCGGCUCGGGGGACAGCGUUGGUCUCAUGAGCGAGGCCGUGCGCAUGGCUGGCGGUCUCGGCAACAAUGAGAGCCUCUCUGUCCACCGGAUCCGCGAUGGUGACUAUCAAUGGGAACGGCGACGGGAGUACCAUAGCGAGAGUCAUGGCCGUGGGUUCUUCGGCAGUAUUCGAGACUUCUUUUCUUAGCGUAAGAGGCAUGUAGGUAAUGGGGGGCUCGGGUAGGCGGUUGGCUUGAGGCGGUAUAUAAUGGCUUAUGAUGAGGAAUGGGGCGGAUAAAUUCAGGUGCCCCUUACCUACUACGAAUUUAUGGAUGGCGUUCUAGGACAUUUGAGAGAUUCUUCACUUCAUACCAUUCCUUA